AUGUGGGCGGUGUACCUGGCGAUCGGGACGGUCUUCGCCAUCAGCUUUGGGAUCGCGAUGUUGUUCGCGUACAAGUUGUGGUUCUCGGUGCCUGCAAGUCUGGUGGCGUCGGAGGGCAAGGCGGCGGCCGGCCUGUCGACUGCGGAGUUGGAUAUGAUAGCAGGCGACGGAGGGGGCGCGGUGGUGGAUGGGGGGCAGUACUGCGCGGUGUGCCUGGAGGAGAUGGAGGAGGGGCAGGCAGCGAGGGUUCUUCCAGAGUGCCGCCACGCCUUCCACCGCGAGUGCGUCGACAGAUGGCUGGCGAGGCACCGGGAAUGCCCCCUCUGCCGGGCCGUCCUCCGCCCUCCUCGUUCGCCUCCCGUCGCACACGUGCCGACGCUUGCGGUGUAG